AUGGAUCAAGUAGAACAAGAUUCUGCAGACAGAAGGAAGAGCUUCCUCUCAGUUGUCAGGAAAAAGAGCAAUGGCUGUAGAACCAUUGUGGGAUUUUUGUGCAUAUUGCCUGUAGUGGCUUUGCUGGCUAUUGUGGGAGAUCCAGCUGGAGCUGCACUUCAAGAAAGUCAGGAAGAUGCCCCAUCACCUGGUCUUCACGGAGUGAGUGCCUCUGCUUUGCGCAGUCCAGCUUUCCCACCUCGGCCUCCAGCACGGAGAAAACGAUACACGAUCACACCAGGGCACUUGAAAUGGGACCACUUCAACUUGACAUACAAAAUCCUGUCCUUCCCGAGAAACCUCAUAAACGCCCGGGACACGCGCAAGGGACUAGCGGCUGCGUUCCGAAUGUGGAGUGAAGUUUCACCAUUCAGCUUCAGAGAAGUGCCACGUCACGUAGCUAGUGACUUGAAAAUAGGCUUCUACUCGAUCAAUCACACAGACUGCCUGGAGUCUCUCAUUCACCACUGCUUUGAUGGAACAACCGGGGAACUUGCCCAUGCCUUCUUCCCACCCAAUGGGGAAAUCCAUUUUGAUGACCAUGAAUAUUGGAUAUUGGGAGAUACACGGUUCAGCUGGAAAAAAGGUGUUUGGCUUACAGAUCUGGUACAUGUAGCCGCUCACGAAAUAGGACAUGCCUUAGGACUCAUGCACUCCCUGAACACCAAUGCCCUCAUGCACAUCAACGCCACUUUGACUGGGAAAAAGACCAUCUCUCAAGAUGAAGUCUGGGGAAUUCACAGGCUUUACGGAUGUAAAGACAGACUAUUUAUGUGCUCAUCAUGGGCACAAAAAGGUUUCUGUGAGAAACGCAGGAAGCUGAUGAAAAAGCACUGUCCAUCUACCUGUGACUUCUGCUACGAAUUCCCAUUUCCAACGGUCCCCCCUACUCUGCCCCCGCCAAGGACAAAAACCAAGACUGUUUCUGAAGGCAGGAAUGUCACCUUCCGCUGUGGGCAGAAGAUAAUUCAUAAAAAAGGCAAAGUUUACUGGUAUAAAGAUAAGGAGCUGCUGGAAUACUCAUAUCCAGGUUACUUAUCCUUAAAUGAGGAUCACAUGAGCAUCAUUGCAAAUGCAAUUAAUGAAGGAACUUACACUUGUAUAGUAAAGAAAAAAGAAAGAAUCUUGACUACUUAUUCCUGGAGAAUCAGACUGAAGCACUAACAAGGGCCCUGGAACGAGCACUUCGAUUACUGCUAGUUCUGUUUCAAAUUCAAAAUGUUUCUUUGGCAUUUUAAUCUCCAGUAGUGCAACUGAACUUCUAAAUCAGCUGCUUCCAUACCUUGGGCAAGAGAGACUCUGAGACUUGAUUACUGGAACGUAAAACUUUUCCAAAUUAGUUUUAAAGAAUUUAUCAAAUAUGUGCUGUACAGAGAAUUAAAAAUUUUUUUUUUAAAAAAGUGUCAGAUUUUGCAGUUAAACUAUGUGGAUCACUGCGGACUGCUGA